AUGGAUGAAUUUGCGUCCUUCAGGUGUACGGACACCUCAGGUUCCGACAGCCAUCCGCAGCAGCAGCACCAGCAGCAGCAGCAGCUGCCGCAGCAGCAUUCGCUUCAGCACUUGUUGCCCGCGCUGCAGGAGCAGCGAAACCAUCAUCAGCAACAGAGCCACUCUCCAUCAUAUGGGUGGGGAUGUGGUGAUGCAGCAGCAGCAACGGCAGCAGCAGCAACAGCAGCAGCACCAACGGCAGCAGCAGCAUUCAGUGAGGUGCGCAAGGAUGGAUAUGCAGGUGUCCAUACACUCUACAUUCCCCGCGCUUGCUGCAGCAGCAGCAGCAACAACAACAACAACAGCUGCAGCAGUUCAGAGGCGGCCGAGCUCCAAGGCCCGCAUACCGAAUGCAGUAGCAGCAACAGCAGCUGCACCGCGAGCAGCGGCGGCAGCAACAGCAGCAAGAGGGACCCGUCGGUAUACUGCAGCAGCAGCAGCAGCAGCAGCAGCCCAGAGAGCAGCAGCAAAUACAGCAUUUAUUGCAACAGCAAACCGACAGACAUUUCUUUACCUGCUUCAGAGGCAAUAAGUGAUGAAGGGAUUGACAGGCAGCAGCAGCUGCUGCAGCAAGUGCAGCAUCCUGCAGAGCUGCAGCAGAAGCAGGAACAUGGGCUGGCCCUGUUGCAGCAGCAGCAACAGCAACAGCAACAGCAACAGCAUCAACAGCAGCAACAUCCACAGCAGCAGCAGCAGCAACAGCACCAGCUACAACAGAAGCAGCAGCAGCAGAAGCAGCAAGAACGCCCUCGAUGGAUGCUACGCCCACCGCCGAAGCAUUUGCUGCACCGCCUUAAGAAGGAGGCCUUCCGCUGCUGCUGCAGCAGCUGCUGCGUCUCUUCUCAGCUGCAGCAGCAGCACGCAUUUACACCCCACCUUGUAUCAGAACAGUUGCAACAGCAGACAGGGGAGGCUGCAGCAGGUACAUGCAAGGCGCAGCAUGCAGCUGCAGGAGGUGCUGCUGGUGCAGCAGCAGCAGCAGCAAGCCGCGCUGAGGCCAACGCUGAAGCAAGCAACGGCUGCGAAGGACCUGCUGCUGCUGCUGCUGCUGCACACGGGGGAACAACGACACAGCGAGGCCGUGCUGCUGAAGAGGCAGCAACAGCUGCAGCAGCAGCUGCUGCUGCACCGUUUACUGCAUCUCCAUCUGACUCAGCAGCCACAGCCUCAGUGGAAGACUUGCUGCUGCGGAACAGCUGCAAAGCCAGCAUCAGCAGCAGCGACUGCAGCAGCAGCAGCAGCAGCAGCAACAGCAGCAACAAUGGAGAUUUGAGGACCAGCUCCGGAGUCGGGGCCGAGCUGCCUGCUGCUGCUGCUAAUGGAUGCUCCAGGGGGCACCUCGAAGCAAAUAUGCAUGCAGGUGCUGCUGCUGGUGGUGCUGCUGCUGCUGAUGUGCGUGCAGCAGAUACUGCAGCCGAAGCAGCAGCAGCUGCGCAUGUUGGCGUGCUGCAGCAGCAGCGUUUGCAUGCGGGGAUACGCAGCAGCAGCAGCAGCAACAGCAACAACAGUAGCAAUUUCUGCUGCUGCUGCAGGGUUACUGUGAGUAGCAGCAGCGGACGCUGUAAGUGUUGCGCAUGCACUGCUUGUACACAGAAGGCUUGCUGCAGCAGCGACAGCAGCAGCAAUAGCAGCAGCAGCAAAAGCAUCAGCAGCAGCCCAGACCUGCCACUGCCGGAGUUGUGCUGCUUGCGUAGUGGACCAGCAGCAGCAACAGGAAAAGCAGCAGUAGCAGGAGCAGCAGCAGCAGGAGCAGCAGCAGCAGGAGCAGCAGCAGCAGCAGCAGUUGAGCGUGCCGUUGAAUCGUGUUGCAGCGCCGCCGUCCCUGCACUACCAGCAGCAGGAGCAGCAACAAUGCAUCAUAAGGAGCGUUGUGCGUGUGGUUCUUGCGUAGCAUGUGCAUGCAAGGUAGAAGCCAGCAGAAUGUGCAGCAUAAGCAGCAGCAUCAGCAGCAGCAGCAUCAGCAGCAGCAGCAGCAACUGCCCACACAUCAGCAGUAACUGUAUGGGCAGCAGCAGCAGCAGCUGCACACCCAUCAGCAGCAGCAGCAGCAGCAGUUGCCCACACCUGAGCGUCCACUGCAGCAGCAGCACCAGCACCAGCACCAGCAGCAGCAGCAGCAGCAGCAGCAGCAGUUUGCUGUCAGCUCGAUGGCACUACGCGUUGAUAAAGCGCUUGAAUUUUAUCUUGAGGCAUGGAGCUCCUCUCUUUGGCCUCUUCAUCCGCGAAGACGGCUUCGUGCGCGUUCGAGACCUGCUGAUGCUGCCGUGCAUGCAAACUGUUACUUGGGCUGAUCUGCAAGACGCAGUGGAAGGGAACCACAAGCAGCGCUAUGAAUUGGUGUAUGAUGAGACAGAGACGGAGACGUGUCCGGCCCUCAUCGAAGAGCAGCAGCAGCAGCAGCAGCAGCAACAGCAGCAACAGCAACAGCAGCAGCAAAUGCAUUGUAGUGCAGAGAAGCUGUUGGAUGGUUGCUGCCGUUGCAGUGCAGCAGAGAAGAGAACCGCAUGCAGCAGCAGAAGCCAGAAAGAAGCAGCAACAGCAGCAGCAGCAGCAGCGGGGUGCACUUGCUGCAGAAGCAACAGCAACGGGGAGACGUGGCUGAGCAGGUUCGUUGGCUGCACAGCUGCUGCAGACAAAGUUGCAGCAGCAGCAGCAGCAGCAGCAAAGAAGGUGGAGCGGAUGAGCGGCAAAUGGCUGCUGAGGGCAACGCAGGGCCAUACCAUUCCUUACAUACGCAGCGAGUUAUUUAUGAUGCGGGUGGAGUCUGCAGCAGACCUCCCUGUGUGCAUACACGGCACAUAUUUACGCAAUUGGCUGUCUAUUAGACACCUCGGCCUCCACCGCAUGCACAGAAAUCAUAUUCAUUUUGCUACGGGUCUGCCGGGUGAGGCAGCAGUGUUGAGCGGCAUGCGACGAAACUCAGAAGUCGGGGUGUAUAUACAGGUUGAGAAAGCAAUGACUGCAGGGAUUAUUUUUUAUAUGUCCAGCAAUGGAGUUGUGCUGACUGAGGGGCUCCAUGGCAGACUGCCGCCUGAGUUAUUCUCAAAGGUGGUGUUGCUGCGAGAGGGGGUUGUGCUGAUGGAGGACGGCAAAGACUACACCGAUAACUAUCUGCAUUUAAUUCCUGAGCAGCUGCUGCAGCUUUCUGGCUGUGCUAUAUUUCAGCAGCAGCUGCAGCACGACCUCGGUAUGCUGCAGCUGUCGCUGUUUGCUGCUCCCACCUGCAACCUCAUGGCUAGACAGAGCAGCUCAGAAGACUUAGAAGCAACCCAGCAGCAGCAGCAGCAGCAACAGCAGCAGCAGCAGCAGCAACAGCAACAGUUGCAGCAGUUGCAACAGCUGCAGCAACCGCACCAGCUGCUGCAGCUCCUGCCGCUGCAACUCAGCAGCAGGGAAGGCAUCUCUCAAGCAGCAGCAGCAGCAGCGGCAGCACAAGAAAACGCAGCAGCAGCAGCAACACCCGUAAACACUGUCUGCUGA